AUGAAGAUGUUGAGUAGCUUCUUAUCAGCCAGAGAAGUCUUUUCUCCUCCACUCUGCGAGCUGCUUCUGUCGUAUCACAUCAUCGGCGUUGUCAAGACCUUUGUUCUUGUCGCAGAAUCACGGGUGAAUAGCGCUAUACGCGCCAUCAGAGCCGAAGGCAGGUCACAUACCUCGCCAGAUAGCCCUCACUUGCGUUUCCAAGAGAGCGAUGUGGCACUAUGGGAGACCAAGGACAAUAUCUACACAGAACAUGCGAGCGCCCAAGGCGACUGA